AUGAAUAGUCUUCGAGCUGGUUUUGCCAAAGUACAAGAAAUCGGUGCCAAGAAAAAAGCGGAUGCUAAUGAAAAAAAAGCGAAUAAUCCUGAUUUACCACCGGAUGUUAGAACAGAAGCGCAAUUGGAUGCACAAAAAUAUAAAAUUCAGGAACAAAGACAUGCCAAAGAAUCACAAUAUUACGAAGCAAAAGCAAAACAGCAACACAAAACAGAUAAAGUUUAA